AUGUGGCCCAACAGCAGUUCUACUCCCUUCUUGCUGACUGGCUUCCUGGGCUCAGAGGCAAUGCACCACUGGAUCUCUGUCCCUUUCUUUAUUAUUUACCUCUCCAUUCUUUUUGGCAAUGGCACACUUCUCUUCCUCAUUCAGAAGGACCACGGUCUUCAUGAGCCCAUGUACUACUUCCUGGCUAUGCUGGCAGGUACGGACCUCGGAAUGACACUAACUACAAUGCCCACAGUCCUGAGAGUCUUGUGGCUGAACCAGAGGGAAGUUGCCCAGCAUGCCUGCUUCACUCAGUCCUAUUUCAUACACACCCUGGCCAUUGUAGAAUCGGGGGUCUUGCUUACUAUGGCGUACGACCGUUUCAUUGCCAUCCGAAGCCCUCUGAGGUACAACUCCAUUCUUACCAAUUCCCAGGUGAUGAAGGUAGGACUAGGGGUACUGAUGAGGGGCUUUGUGUCCAUUGCACCCCCAAUUCUGCCUCUCUAUUGGUUCCCAUAUUGCCAUUCCCAUGUUCUUUCCCAUGCCUUUUGCCUCCACCAAGAUGUCAUGAAACUCGCCUGUACUGAUAUUACAUUUAAUCGUGUAUAUCCAAUUAUUCUAGUUGCUUUGACUAUCUUCCUAGAUGCUCUGAUUAUCAUAUUUUCUUAUAUUUUAAUCCUUAAGACAGUUAUGGGAAUCGCUUCUGCAGAGGAGCGAGCAAAAGCCCUCAACACCUGUGUCUCCCAUAUUAGUUGUGUCCUGGUCUUUUACAUCACUGUGAUUGGCCUGACUUUCAUCCACAGGUUUGGAAAACAUGUACCACAUGUGGUCCACAUUACCAUGAGCUAUGUUUACUUUCUCUUUCCUCCAUUCAUGAACCCCAUUAUAUACAGCAUCAAGACCAAGCAGAUUCAGAGAAGCAUCAUUCGCCUAUUUUCUGUGCACAAUAGGGCUUGA